CGCUUGCAUACCAACGUCAAGAUGGCUGACGAAGCUUUAUCGCGAGCUGGUUUACACUUUGACGAACUUAACAAGAUUCGAGUUUUAGAACCAGAAGUAGCACAACAGACAAAAGAAUUAAAAGAAGAAUGUAAAGAAUUCGUUGACCGAAUUGGAGACUUCCAAAAAAUAGUUGGAACCUUCAUUGAUAUGGUGGACUCUGUUGCCAAAGAAGUCGAAAAAGAAAAGAUGAAAGCAAUAGGAGCUCGUAACUUGUUGAAGUCUAUAGCCAAGCAAAGGGAAUCUCAGCAACAACAACUCCUUGCUCUUAUCACAGAGAAGAAAAUGCAGUUAGAAAGGUUGAGGAUCCAACAUGAUUCACUAACAAAAGAGGAAGCCGGACAAAAUGAAUUUAUUGAACAACUGGUGUUACAGAAGUGAUCAGUUAACUCUUGUUGUGUUUCUUGUUAGUCACCUAAAUAAACUCUACCAUGUGUACUUUACUAGUUACCAUGUUGAUUUAAGAGACCAGUCAUUAGUUUUUACUGCCGAAGUAAGCUAAACCAUUGUCUAUUUCCUUUAAAUUAAACUAUUCAAAUUAUAUUUGAUAUUUAUUAAUUUUAUAUCAAAUUAGUAAAUUUAAAAAAAUGUCUAAUAAUUAUAGGUUAAUAUAUUUUGAUAGCUUAAGCUGCCUUUAAUUUCCUUUUUUGGCAGUACAGUUUACACAUAAAUAAAAGAUAAGAUUAAUGUUUCUGAGAACUAUUGUAGAAUUACAAUUCUGUCUAAGUUUGUUGGUUAAGUUUUUAUUAUGAAAUUAUUUUUUAUCAUAAGAUUGUUGUACAUAAGACUGCAACCUACUACAGGUUAUUGUGUACAAACAUGGGUGUGUACAAGGGUGAGUGUGUACAAGUGGAGAUGGUAAUUUGUACUGGUGUGUACAAACACACUUAGUCAUGAAUCUAUGAGAUGUGUUUUGGUUUAGAUGUGUGCUAGAAUAUGUGUGUGGUAUGGUUGUUGCUGCAGGUAGCAGCAUAUGUGUAGAGUGGAUUUUAGAAUGGGAGUGUAUGAAUGUGAACAUGUGUACUGGAAUUGUGUACAGAAAAGCUGAUUCUGUGAUACUUAUUACUACAAAUAAAAUUAUUUUUUAUUUC